GUAGCAAAACAAGAUAUUUGAGCUUUGGCAAAAGCGGUUGUUUUAUUGCCUAUUUUUAAUGUUUUCUGUGCGUUAAAAGCUUAUCGUGUGCAUAUUUUUAUAAGGAGGACUAAUAAUGGAUCCUAACCAGGAUCAAGCAAGGCCGAUCGGGUUUGAACUGAUGAAUGUAGCGGGUGGAGAAGGUGAAACCCAACCCCCUCCUGUUGGUUUUGAAGGUAUCGCCCAGCCUGCAGCAAGGCCCCCACCCCCAGGACUGUACCCCCAGCUCGAUGUGCCUGCUAGUAAUGGACUUACUCAAGGAGAAGUUGGUGUUACGUUAGCCAACAGUGACAGUGUUCAGGAAGGCACCAUGGAAGAGGAGAAGAAACCCUUACCAGAAGAUACUGAAGAGAGGUAUCCACCUGCCAGUGACCUUAACGACGUCAAGGUCGACACGAAUGACGAGAUGGGUGAACGAGCACCGUUAGCUGGUGACAUGCAUGGCAUAGACGUUGAGGAGGCCAAGGGCUAUCAUACCAUGGAGGAAUACAGUAGCCAAGAAAGACGAGGACUGAAAGUGGCCAAGGAGACUAUGUUCUUUGAUGAUGGGAAGAGGAGAAUCGAUUAUGUCUUGGCCUACAGAGAAGAUGACGACGAUGACAAGUUUGUCAAGAAACAAGAGAGAAGGGCGAUCUACGAAGAGGGCCUUGUUGAAUUAGGCCUGGAGUUGGAGAAGGAGGACAAGAAGGACUCUCAGGAUGGGAAGACCUACUACAUCAAACUUCAUUGCCCAUGGGAAGUCUUGACCCGAUAUGCUGAGUUGAUGAGCAUGAAGAUGCCUAUGAAGAUCGAAGGCCAAAGUCUGGUUGGCGAUCGUAAGGAGAAUGACAUUGAAGAAGAAGGCAGAGGCUGCUGUGGCAAAAGGUUGCCAACUUGCUUUGAGAUUUCGGAAGAUAUCAUCAAGCCUGACCCGGACUACUACACCACGCCAUUCAACCGGCAGCGAUUGGAUAUGUUCAUCAUCAAAGAUCAGGAGAACUUCUUCAACAAUUCACAGAGGAGUAGGAUUGCUCACGAGUGCCUGAAUACCACCAGAUUCGAUGAUGAGAGGUCAGCUAUCGGCUUGAGGAAGUUGAUCAAUUCUGGUACAUACGAUGCUGUUUACCCGCUACAUGAGCCGUGGAUUAAACCUCAAGUAUCUGACCCAAAUGCGGAGAAUGGGUCUUUCAAAAGUGACCACUCUCUUCUUACUGCUGGUGCUGAAAAUGAUCGACAUCUUUUGUAUGAAAUGUGGGCACGACCCAAAAACUGGUACAAGUUCCAACCAUUGGAUCUCAUCAGGAAAUAUUAUGGUGAAAAGAUCGGCAUCUACUUCACAUGGCUAGGAUUUUAUACAACCGCACUUAUUCCACCGUCACUAGUAGGCCUCAUCUGCUUUAUCUACGGCUGUGCUACUGUGUUUGGAAAUACACCGAGUAAUGAUAUUUGUGAUGAGAGUGGUAUCGGCAACUUGACCAUGUGCCCAAUGUGUGAUCUUCGUUGCCCCUACUGGCGCUUGAAGGAGAGUUGCGCAUACUCACGAUUGACUUACCUGUUUGAUAAUGGUGCCACUGUCUUCUUUGCCAUUUUCAUGGCACUCUGGGCCACCUUGUUCCUUGAAUUCUGGAAGAGGCGCGAAAAGGAAAUUCAAUACGAUUGGGAUGUUGCCGACUUUGAAGAAGAAGAGGAGACAAUCAGGCCCGAGUAUGAGGCGACAGUUACCCAUAAGAGGGUCAACCCAGUCACACAGAACCUUGAGCCUUACAUGCCUGUCUACUCUCGGGCUCCACGUAUUGGUGGUACCAUGCUGGCGAUUCUCUUCAUGAUCUGUCUUGUGCUUGCUGCAGUGUUUGCUGUGAUCAUCUAUCGUGUGAUCAUUGUGGCUGUUCUGUACGCCCAAGGUGACACCCUCAUCAAGAAGUAUGCCAAGCUGUUGACGACUGCCACUGCCGCCUUGCUCUCUCUCAUCACCAUUAUGCUCCUCAAUAAGAUCUAUGAAAAGAUUGCUAUUUUCCUGACAAACUUUGAACAACCGAGGACUGAGACAGAGUUUGAAGACAAGUUCACUAGCAAGAUGUUCUUGUUCCAAUUUGUCAACUACUACUCAACCAUCUUCUACAUCGCAUUCUUCAAAGGAAGGUUGAAUGACUACCCAGGAAGCACUACAUUUUAUGUUGCUGGUUCCUAUCGUCAAGAGGAGUGUGACCCUGCGGGCUGCUUGAUCGAGCUCUGCAUCCAGCUGGGUAUCACCAUGAUUGGUAAACAGGCCUUCAACAACAUCAAGGAAUUGGUUAUUCCUGUUGUCAUGAAUUACAUCCGUGCGCGCAAGGCAAAGAAGGCUGAAAAGGAUGAGAAGAAUGUCUACACAAGGUGGGAACAGGACUUUGACCUUGGUGCUCAGCCUGACCUUGGAUUGUUUGAGGAGUACCUUGAGAUGGUUGUGCAAUUUGGUUUCAUCACCAUCUUCGUGGCUGCUUUUCCACUGGCACCAUUGUUUGCUCUCAUCAACAAUGUCAUUGAGAUUCGUCUGGACGCUUAUAAGUUUGUCACACAGUGGAGGAGACCGGUCGCAGCUCGUUCACAGGAUAUUGGAGUCUGGAUGAUAAUUCUUAAAAGCAUCUCGUACUUCUCUGUCUUAACAAAUGCCUGCAUCAUUGCCUACACCUCGGACUUCAUCCCAAAGCUGGUCUACCUGUACGAGUACAGCCCCGAUGGAAAGCUCACUGGCUACAUGAACAAUUCACUCUCCGUCUUUAAUGUGACAAACUUCCAGCCUGGGAGUGCGCCGGAAGAUCCACGAACAGAUAUUUUUGGAACUGUAAUAUACUGCAGGUACCGUGACUACCGAGUGGGACCUGGUGAGCCACGAGAGUACAAGUAUUCGAUGCAGUACUGGCACAUCUUUGCUGCCAAAUUGGCAUUUGUUCUUGUCUUUGAGCACUUUGUGUUCAUCCUGAAAGCCCUCAUCGACUACUUCGUACCCGACAUGCCAGGCAAUGUCAAGGCCCAGAUCCUACGUGAGAAGUACCUGACCAAGACUGCUCUCCACGAUGCGGAGGCAUUGAAAGCCAAGCUACUACGCAAGAGGAUGUCGUCUUCUCCGGCUGCUGCCCAGAUAGAGACGAACAUGUAGUUGGUUUCAUCCUUGGUUUGCCAGAAUUGGAUGUACUUUUUGUAAUAGAAUUUUGAUCAAUGAGUAAGGAGUUCUGGCAUUCUUUAGUUGAAAUGGUGUGGAAUGUUGAGGACCCCAGUCAAAAUCAUUGUAGUCGACCAACCUUGAAGCAGUUUCCUCAUGCCAGUCACACAGAAGUUUUUCAAGUAAAAGUUGUAUGAUGUUUAGGAACAUGUAGCAGCAACAAAGGUGAACGCACAAUGAUGUUGUUUAAAUUGGUAACAAGUUUUGUAUUGCUUAACUGUGCUGAUUUCGCGGAGUGCAUGAAAUUGUCUGGAUUGGCAGUUUAUUUUGAAGAAAACAGUAGUGAUGACUAGGUACUAGUUGGAUGCCACAGAGUAGACGCACUGUUACCCAUUUUAGACUUGUCUUGUGUCCUCAGGCUGAAGUUGACAAGAACUUGCCUGCACCUGUAGCUACAUGCGUUAUCUGAUGUUCUGUUUCUGAUGUAAAGUCUAAAGAAGUUCUGUUUCAAUCUAGAUGUAAAUAUUACAUGUAUUAACAUUAGUGUAUGCCUUGUUGUCAAAAACUGUAGAUUAUCAUACCCAGUUGUUAAACGGCGUGAUGAUUCAUUAUUUCAUGGUGGGAUGCUUUUAACACCUUCAGCGCCGAACCACGUAGAUCUUCGUGGCCCAAAUCCCCCCUCUUUGAGCUGGUUAUCGGAGUCUCAUGGACUUCAUGAAAGAACUACGCCAUCGCCAUCUUCAGGGCAAGGUAGGAACUAGUUCAGAACUUUAAAGGGCACAGUUCCUUCCUU